CAGAAAUUUUGACAAAGUUCUGAUUGUUUAUAGUUAAGCACAUGUUUAAACAACUUUUCUAAACAAUCGAUAUCGGUUUAAGUAGAACCAAGUAGGYAUGUCGAUGAUAUCAAAGCGUGGUCAAAGGAUUGCGAACAAUUCCAGUAUUCUUAGCGAUGUAUGGGAGCGUUUACUGCUCGAUGGAUACCACAAGACCGACAAUCCACAGGGCAUUAUUAAUCUUGGUACAAGUGAAAAUAAACUGAUGUAUGAUAUUUUAAAACCAAAGUUCCAAGAACCAGCAUCGCGUGAAAUUCAAGAGCAUCAUACGCAGUAUUGUGACUUCAGAGGCACUUAUGAAUUCAGGAAAGCUGUUGCUGAAUUCUUAGAUCACUACAUGAAACCACUGGAAAAUAUUGAUCCCGAUAAUCUUUGUGUGAUCAAUGGUUGCAAUGCUAUUGUUGAGGCUAUGGGAACAGUUUUAGCCGAUCCUGGAGAGGGGUUUCUCCUACCCACACCAUACUAUGGAGGCUUUCAAAUAGACCUUAAACAAAGAGCUGAAGUGGUGCCAUUCCCUGUUUAUCUGACGAACAAACCUGUCCGAGGAGAGACUGGUCCUUUUCAACUAUCAGUUUAUCGUUUGGAAAAGGCUAUGGACGAAGCAAAGAAGCAGAAUAUAAAGAUUAGAGCUCUUUUGCUGUGCAAUCCUAACAAUCCUUUUGGCUAUAUUUAUUCUGAGAAGCUCUUACAAGACUUUCUAGAAUUCGCUCAAAGGAACUCAUUACAUGUUAUAAUAGAUGAGAUCUACCUUCUCUCAAUAUUUAAAAAAGAAUAUUCCAUGAAAAGCAUGCUAGCUUUGAACAAUCUUCCAGACAAGCAGUAUGUACAUGUUAUUUGGGGAUUCAGUAAAGAUUUUGGUAUUUCUGGUUUCCGUUGUGGUGUCCUUCAUACAUGGAACAAAGAAGUGCUUGGUGCUUUAUGGUGGAUUUCUUACUUUCAAUGUGUUCCUACUUCAACUCAGUGCUUGCUAUUGAAUCUCAUAAAUGACAGAGUGAACGAUGAACGUUCAAUACGCAGUAGAUGUAGAAACGAUUUCGUCGAGGUCGUCCUCAGAUAG